AUGGCUGUCCAAGUGUUUACGCGUGAAAAUAAACUGAAACAACUCGGAUAUGAGCAUUUGUAUCUGAAAACCAAAAUGUCUGAUCUGAACUUUGUUUGCGGUGGCGAUCGAUCGACAAAUAUCCCCGGUCAUAAAUUUUUACUCUCAGUUGCGAGUCCAAUAUUUGAGGCUAUGUUCUACGGUUCCACUAAACCAUCGAACGACAUCCCGAUUGAUGGCGUAUCUACCGAGGCUUUUAAAGAAUUCCUACAAUUGUUUUACCUCAACAAAGUGCAGCUAACAUCGCUGAAUAUCAUCGAAGUGGUGGAAUUAUGCAAGAAAUACGAAGUGGCUGAUGGUUUAAGCGUUUGUGAGUCUCCAUUGGCAGCAUAUUUAAUUACAAAUCUCAAUGACACCUGCUUAAACUAUGGUAAGGCUCUUAAUCUGAACGUACCGAGUGCAAUUCGCAUUUGUGGCCUGAAAAUCGGUGAAAAUGCAUUCGAAGUGUUGAAGUCAACCAGUUUCUUGAAAUGCGAUCGAAAGCUGUUGGACAAAAUUUUGGAAAUAGUGGCAUCAAAAUGUAGCCCAUCUGUGAUUGUCGAGUCAUGUAUGGCUUGGGCAAAAGCUGAAUGUGUACGGCAACAAUUGGACAUUACAACGGUCAAUUUAAAAGCUCAACUCAAGGAUUCAUUGAAUCGAAUUCCAUUUGAUAAACUCAGCACCGAACAGUUUUCACAGCACAUCAAAACGUACAAGCGCUUUUUCGUCGAAGACGAACUGGAAUCAUUGGUUUUGACUGCAAUGUCAAAGAAGGCAAAGUUGUGCGAUCUAGUGAACAAAUUUGAUCCAUCAAUGCAUUUGGUGGAUUGUGAUCGUCGAUUGAAGACCAGCGCAAACGAUUCAUAUCAAAAACUCAUUAUGCCACAUUCAAUCACCUUCAUGUCUAGUGCUGAGCUUGUACUUAAGGAGUUCUUCAUCGCAAAAUUGGUACGUGGCGCUGCUUCGCAAACUGUUACGUAUAGCAGUAUUAAAGCCCCAGAUGGAAAGAUAUCAACAACAGUCACAUGCCGUCCAAAUUUUGUUACUUGCCGCGCAGAAGUUAUCGAAGGUGGAUCCUCAUUGGCAUCACAUGAA